AUGUCAGGCCCGACGUCAAGCCCAGACUGGAACAGAAGUGGCAGUCCCGCCUACGGUACCUUUACUCGACCACCGUUCAACCCAAAUCCCACCAAAAGUCACGACAGUAAUGAUAGUGCUGUCGCACCCUCUAGCAAUGGCGGCGAGGAUGUCUCACCUACUGCGCGCAGGCCCUCACCACAACGAAAGCCGUCAAGGCACAUCGAGUUUAGAAAGUACUUGAAGCGCCCUCAUAUGAUGGAAAAUCAGAGAACGCUGAGCGAUGCAUUGAGAUCCGCAAAGAGUAGAGAGGAACAGGAGACAUUGCUCCCUGAGGAAGACUACGCUGGCGCCGACGGAUGCUUCAACGGUCAAGGCGAGCCAAUGCUUGAGAGAACUGCUAGUGCGCCCGAUCUGAACAAUAACAAGAAGACUUACUUCAAUAUCCACAGGAUACGACGCCUUGUCCUGGCAGUAAUUGAAGACCCGUACACCGUGGACCAGCUCCGAGAGCCUCGCAUGAACGUGCUCAUCGUAAAGCCAUUAGUGGAUCGCUUCUAUGACGAAGAAGAUAUAUCCAUCGUGUACUGUCUGCUUGUCAAUCGCAUGCAGUUCCUUCGAGAGCAACAGUUUCAGCAACAUCAUCAAACCGUUGACCUAACGCGCGCGAAUCUUUGCGAGCUGGUUGCUAUGAAAGUGCUGCGACGCCACGAUGAAGAGUCUACAGGCAAGGCUGGCCUCUUACUUUUGGCGCAAAUUAUGGUAGCUCCUUUCCAGCCUUUUCAGGGUGCGCCAGAUGAACGCUGUCCGCCGCGUCAUAGUUCAGAGUACCAGGGCCAGAAGGAUUAUGAGGGCAAGCUAACAGCGCUGGAGGUGGCUAUCGUCUCCGAGAGUAAGGUAUUGUUAGCUGGUUCUGCGAGCCAAAAAGUCAUCGAUGCUAUAUAUCGCGGGCGUAUCGUGUAUACCCCCACUGUAUACAUGGAUAUCAUACCAGAUCAUUACAAGCACAAGCCCAUCUCCCUCUACGAUCCACGGAAGGCGCCGACACUAAACCAGUACCGUCUUAUGGUACCCAGAACACGCAACAUCAUCGAAGUAGUACAGUUCAUUACACUACUCGCACUCUACUGCUGGUGCAUGACUAUGCGCAAAGACCAUUUUCUGACUGGUGCUGAAAUUACAUUCUUACUGUACGGUAGCGGUUGGGUGCUCGAUGAGCUUAUAUCCUGUCUUGAGCAUGGCUGGGAAGUGCAUACGCAGGAGCUCUGGGCCUUCUUGGAUGUCACAUUUGCCGGCAUUUUCCUUAUAUACCUUGGCAUGCGAUGCCAUGGGUGGAUGAUGGGGCAAGACGAAACGGGCAGACAAGCUCUCGACGUUCUGGCUGUCGCGUCGCCGAUCCUAUUCCCACGCAUCGCAUUCAACCUUAUGCCGGAGAACAUGUUGUUCAUCGCCCUAAGAGCAAUGGUGAAGGAGUUCACAGCCCUCAGUCUAAUCGCUGUAUGGUGUUUCGGUGGCUUCUUGUUAGCGCUCAAAUGGCUGAGUAUCAGCAAUCCAGCAGUCGGCUACGAAGACUCACCGAACUCGAUCACCAUCUCAAAAUGGAUGCUUUGGAUCUGGUUCGGUCUGGACGGCACUGGAAUUGAUGAAGCUCCUGGUUUCCAUGAGAUUCUCGGUCCUACUCUAAUGGUCAUCUACGCCUUCCUGGGUAACACCCUGUUCUUGACAGUCUUAGUAUCAAUCUUGUCCAACACUUUUAGCAAGAUCGCCGCAGAUGCGACGGCAGAAAUCCAGUUCCGUCGCGCGGUGCUCACUUUCGAAGGUGUAAAAUCCGAUUCCCUGUUCGCCUAUCGACCACCUUUCAAUCUACUCGCAUUCAUAAUCUUACUCCCUCUCAAGUUCAUCCUAUCGCCACGAUGGUUUCACAAGAUCAAUGUCUCAGCGAUACGAAUCUUGAACUUCCCUAUCCUUCUUGCCAUCUCCCACUACGAGCGUCGUUACCUGUGGAAGCCACGGCGCCAACUCAGCAUCAAUGGUCCGGGGCCUUCGAAACGCACAACUUGGUUGCAGGACAUUGGAUUUUGGAGGAGCUGGAAACAGUUGAGUCCACAUGCCGAUUUGCAGGCUGUAUUUGAAGAAGAGCCACCAGCCGAUAUAGUGCAGAGGAUCGAAGAGGAAGAUGACCUUGAAGAUGCUAUACUUGAGAAUAGUUUUGCGGCAACGGGCAUGGGAACGAGGAGUGUUAGUCCAGGAAGUGCAAUGGCUGGUCGAAGGAGGAGAUUGAGCAGUGUGUGGCCGGGGCCGGGCUCUUAA